UUGUAUGUAGUCGGUGUCUGGAUCAACCUUCUUUAAGAUUGAAAACACUACUAAAAAAUUCAUUGUUAUCAGAAGGCUCAAACAAGGGCUAAUUGAACUUUUAUUUUGCUCCGUGUUGAACUGAAGCAAAACGGCUAGUCCACUUUCCACUUCCCACCACGGAAAACCCUAAAGCGCCCCUAAUUCAAAAAUGGUUGAAGAAGAAAACAAAAACGAGGAUAAGACAAGGGAAAAUCCAUGUACGACUAAACAAUCCUCUAAGAAACGAAAUCGCAAAGAAGUUGCGAUUUUUGGAAACUACAGAAAUUACUAUGGAUACAGAGUGGAUCAUGACUUGGAGGAAGAUCCUAGAAUGAAGGUGUUGAAGAGGGAUUGGUUUGAAGGAAAAAAAUGCCUCGACAUUGGCUGCAAUAGUGGGUUGAUCACAAUCUCCAUAGCAAAAAAGUUUGGCUGCCAAAGCAUUCUUGGAGUUGACAUUGAUGGCGAUAGAAUUGAGGAUGCACACUGGACUCUCCGGAAAGUUGCGAAGAUGAGUGCUCGUAUAUUAUCUUCCAAGAAACCCAAACGAGCAGAUGCAGAGUUAUUUAAUGGGUUAGAGAACCAUACAAGUGCAUCACUGACUGAAGUGACACCACAGAAGUCUGUUGAUACUCCUUGUUUGCAGGGAAAUGAUCUCUUUGACAUAGUCUCUUUUCAGAAAGGAAAUUUUGUUCAGAAUUGGAGGCCACCGCAAGAUACGUACUACCAUACAAUUCUUUGUUUAAGCGUGACAAAAUGGAUACAUUUGAACUGGGGCGAUGAAGGAUUAAUCACUUUGUUUUGGAAAGUUUGGAAGCUUCUUCAACCGGGUGGUGUUUUCAUUUUGGAACCCCAACCUUGGAGCUCAUAUAAAAAUAAUCGGCUUGUGACUGAGACAGCCGCAACUAAUUAUAAAACUAUUCAGAUACCUCCAGAAGAUUUUCAGGAUAUACUUCUGGACAAGAUUGGAUUCCGCAGGGUAGAUAACUUAACUUCCACAUUAUCUGGUUCCAAAACUGGAUUUAACAGACCAAUAUUGGCUUUCUGGAAAUGAAUAGCUUCGGCACCUAUAGUGAAGGUGUACAAUGCUACUGUACGGCAUCCCUGUCUCAUUGGAAGUCAUAAAAUUUUGUUUCUUGCCAUAUAAAUAUCAUGAGGUAAACAUUGUUGAAGUACUCCAUUAAUUGUAUUGAACAGAAUAAAAUAUGCUAUAAAAGUGUAUUUUCUUACAUUCUCUUUCAGAUGGUUCACUUAGUGCUGAUAAAUGUACACAGGACAGACUGCAGGUAACGUUCCUUUUUUGGUGAUUCCUAUGACAGUGUGGGACUUAAACCCCUUGCAAAAUUUCAGCUUCGGUGUCAGUUGUUUUUGUGUAUGGUCCUGCUUUAUCUGGAGGUUUGUUUAUUUAUUGAUUUUUGUCUGAACGUCUUUUGUUCAGCUCCUUUGAAACCAGAAAUUCGUGGCAUAAUCAGUGUUUGUGCGUGUAUCAUUCCUGCCGUCAGCACAUGGAUUAUCGGCGCGAUCUUAUGUAUAUUUCUAUACAAGAGGAAAACGGCUAUUUCUUCAAAUUCUCUUCUUUCUCCUGUUUUGAGUCAGCAUCGUAUUAUAUUUAUUUUAUUAGACUAAAUUUCAUGCACAGUCAAAAUGAAAGAUUAUUAUUCUUGCUUA